GAGUUUCUGAGAGAGAAGAUGACAUUACUGCGCUAGUUACUUUUCUAAAAAAAAACUCAUAAAAUUAAAAACAAUGGAUUAUACAGUGUAGGCUUCUUUCUGGGAUCAUUUAAUCCAGUUGUAAAAAAAGUAUAAUGGAAGUUACACACUUAAUAAUUACUGUAGGAGUGAUUAGUACGGCAAAUAUUGUCUUUGCAAACGACCCAACUUGCCUGUGGCCCCUUGAUAACAGUACAUUUACAACCGAGAUUCAGGUAUCACCAACAAAUCCUGUCGAUACUGGUCAAUGUGGACGAAUAUUUGGCGGUCAACCCCCAGAUUAUCCUAACCCAGUUGUCGAACUUGAUGGACUGACCCCUGUUGACCUGGUAGUUGAUGCGACUAUUGUAACCGGCAAAGAUUAUUCAUUUUCAAUGAUGGUGAGACCAACCAAUGAUACUGGAACAUUGUUACACUAUAAACCAAACGAUACAACACAGCAAUUACAAGAACUUGUUUUAUAUAUCUCUGGAGGAUAUGUUUACAUGGAAAGAAUUCUUAAUACGGUAUCCGAAAUAUCAGACCCAUCAACAUGGCAGAUGCCAAUGAAUACUUGGAAUUUUAUAUCUUUCGGAGUAGACAUAAGCAAUGGUAAAAUGUUCAUCGAUUUAAACGGACACAAAAUAGAACAUGAUAACAAUUAUAAUGGCAACAUUAACUUUGUUAUUCCCGGUAUUUUGCGAGUUGGGGGCAUGUUUGAUCAACGAUACUCUAAAUUACAGGGAAGAAUUGCAUGUGUUGCAUUUUACACUGAUAAAAAAGACCCAGCCGAAGGUGAUUCAGAAUCAUUUUGCAAGAGUGGGACAUGGACAAACAACGAACCUGACUGUGCAACACCACAAGCAGUCCAAAGAUCUGAAACAGCGGCUGGUUAUUUUAUGAUGGAAACAAAUAUUCAGCUAAGUACGUUGAACCAGAUAUUAACAAUUCCGAAAUGUACAAAGCUUCGAUGCGCUGUAUCAUGUCUGAGACAUCAAAGUUGCUGGUAUUAUAGGUAUGAGCCAUCAGCGUCAGAAUGUUCACAAUGUACUUUAUAUGAUAGCAGCGUUACUUCUUGGAAGGGAACCGGUGCAGGAGACAAUUUCUUAUAUAAAUGGAAAUAGAAAUACACUUUUAAAAUUUGGUUUCACAUCAAACUAAAUACUUUGUUACAGACCUUUUAAAAAUACAACUUGUAUUAUAUUAAUAAUCUUAUUUCUUAAUUGUUUUUGUUUAUAUAUAGAAAGGGUCAAAGGAGUAGGUCCGGUAAGGACCGAUUUUGGCCUCAAAUGUCAGAUUCAUCUGACGAAA